AUGGCAGCGCCGAGGCCGAGCCCGCUCGGUGUGCCGGGCUGGCGGCUGCUGGCGGUCAUGGGGAUGGCGUUGGGGGUUGUGAUGCCUUUGGUUUGGAUGCGACCUGAUGUGUUGGUUAUGGACCUGCACAAGAUGCAGCACUCGCUGGUGGAGCUGACGAAUCGAGUCGGUGAGCAAGCCACGGGGCUUCGGGGCCUGGGCUCGGGUCUCGAGGCCGCCUUGGGCUUGGGCAACCCCUUUUUUAUCCCGCCCAAGGGUAGUCCGGUGUUUCGCACGCGAACGCCGGCCGAGUUGGAUGCUUUGCUGGCGCGAGAUGUCGAGGUUGCUCAUCAUCGCGAUGAUCAGCGUCAGACAGCCAUGCACCACCUGCUCCACCUGUACCAUCAGACGCUGCUGCAGGAUGACCCUCCCCUGCACGCGUUCCACGCCACCGCGCGCCGCCUGCUGGCAGCCGAGCCGCGUUUGGCGCAUGAAGGCUACCCCCUGUACUUGAGCCUGCAUUAUCGCCUUGGACCCAUAACGCGGCUGCUGAUGAGCCACAUCACGCGGGAUCAGUUGCGGGACUGCGUCCUGGAGUUUGACGCUUAUGGCGAAACGGCGCUGCACACCAUGGCCACCAACAAGGCCGCAGGCUUGACCCGCCUGUUUCACCGCCUCAACCAAACACGCAACUCGCAGGUAGCCCGCGCGACCGACGUUCAGCUGCCCGUGUGGGCGCCAGAGAGUGGGCCGGCCCCCGAGGGGCGCUGGGCCUUUGCCGACAUGGCGCACUGGAUUGGUGCGGCAGACCUUGCCUCCGUCCUGGACGAGGACGCCCUGCAUAUCGCUGAUCUCAACGUCCCGACACGCCGCGGUGGCAACGCGCCCCUGCACCUGGCCGCCCGGACCGGGCUGGCUGCUGCGGCGCGUCUCCUCUUGGCCCAUGGUGCCGAAGCCAACCCCCGCAAUACAGCAGGAUACACGCCGCUGAUGCUUGCCGCCACUCAUGGCCACCUGCCGGUCGUGGAAGCACUGUUGGCACACCGAGCCGACCCCACUCUCCAUGAUGCGCGUGCACGCACUACUUGUGACCUUGUUCAGCGCCAGCCUUUGCUGGACCCCCCGCUUCGCGCCAAUCUCGGGACGCUACUCCAAUGCCCAUGGGUAGCCGAUGCAGCCCCUGCACCCGCUGCCUGUCCGCGCCACCGUGCUUCCGAACUCGCCACUGAAGUGUUCCAGCUCGAAUUUGUGGAACUGGGCAUCCCCCUCGUGAUUGAAGCCGAUAACCUCUCCUGGCCGGCCCGCACGCUGUGGACCCCGGCCGCUUUGGCGGCCAGCGCUGAUCCCAGCCUCGCCGUCUCCGUCGGCACCCGACCCUAUGCCGCCCUGUACGGUGGGCGUCCCAGCCGCAUGAGUCUGCGCGAUUACGCGCGUCGUUUCUACGAUGCGCCUGCCCCACCCGCGACGGCAGAGGAUGCGCUCCCUUAUGUGUUUGAUGCACAAGUGCUGGCCCGCUCCCCCGAUUUGCAGGCACAGCUACCGCCGCCCACCUGGUUGGUGGGUGAGCAUUUGGUGCUACGCCAACUCAUCAUCGGCCCGACCAACACGGGUGCCGCCCCACACUUUCAUGGCCACGCGCUCAAUGCCCUUGCAACGGGGCACAAACGGUGGUGGCUUUAUCCGCCUAGCGCGUCUUUUUUUCAGCUGGCCACAGCCGCCACCUUUUUCGCCAACUGCUUUUAUGAUCGAGGCUACACACGGUGGGAGGUUGAGCUACGGAUCGUCGAUCCUACGAUGAUGGUGUCACGUUCAAGCCUCGAGCUGCCCUCAGGAGCCCACCCAGCGAUCCCAACCACAACCUCAGUCUCGAGCAAUGACAUUGUCCCUGACCACCUCUUCAUGUCCCUGCCCACCACCUCCACACCAGCAAACGUGAAAGAUGAAGCCUUCCUUCCUCACUUGGUCAACGAGGUUCCUGCGCCCAAAGGCGGAUACGAUGCCCCGAUCUUGGCACCGCCGUCCUCCUCCUCCGGGGUGCCGCCCUCAAAACGCGCGCGCCGCAGUGGCUAUGCCGUGACCAUCGAGCUGCGCAAUGAGUCAAAUGAACUCGUAGCCGAAGGCACGAUGAACCUCACCCGCUCCGCCCGACGCUACAUCAAGCUAACACUUCAGCACUCCACCGGUGUGCUCACCCGCAAUCUGGUCAAAACCCACGUUCGCGUGAUGGAUUCAAACUCGCAAGAAGUUUUGCUCACCGGUGUCGGCGAUCGACCCAUUCACUUUGGCAACAACAAACAGCGCCAGCGUGACCGCCAAAGUCUGAUGGACGCGCAAAAGAUUGCGGACAUGGACUUGGAAAAACGGCGCAACCUCGCCAUGAACAAGUGGCACCGCAUUCUCGCUCGUGUGGGCCAGCUGGCUGAGCAAGUGCGCCGCCGUCAUUUAUAUUAUGGUAGCGACACGGACGAACAAGUGUUGCGCGUGAGCGCUCUGCUCGAAGCAACCUUUAGCGAGACUUUUGGAGUCGCACCACCUUCAAAACUUGACGAGAGCCUAGACAACCGUGACCACCCCAUGCCGUGGACCACCGUUCACUCAUCCCAAUCGGACAGCUCGCCAAACCCCGCCCUGCAAUCUCAGUUGCUGGUUGCGGCCGAGUUGUUGCGCCAAAGCGAGCACACAGGGGACCACACAGGUGAUCACAGCAGGGCAGCGCAAGACACGGCCCAGUUACCCGGCCCAGGUCAAUCUGGACCAGGCCUCAAGCCUGCCACGACUGUUGGCAGUAAGCCAAUAACGAUCCCGAUAAAUGAGCUCACCCACCCUCGUCCUCCCAUGACUGGGGGUAGCCUGGCCAUUUCCACCGGCGCUCGCCCCACCCUGGGUCAUCAGCAUCAUGCCGAGGGCGAUCUGACCUCGGACAAUGAUCAGGCAGCGGCUUGGAAUGCCGCCACGGUGCUCAAUCAAUUGAGCAGUCGCCCCACGUCCUCACCAGGCGGUCCACAACAGACCUCUACCGCUGCCGCCCUUCAGCUUCCAGAAGGUAUGCCUCGGCCAACGGCAACUCCGACACCUAGCCUGCCAGCCUCGCUGCAGAACAAGGACAUGGCCGUUGCGGCCAUGGUUGCGACAGCGCAGCGAAGUGGGUUCGCGCCGAGCUUCUCCACCCCAACAAUUGCAGAUGACAUUGCUGCCGUUGACUCGGCCCUGCAAGCAUCAGCAUCAACAUCAGCCUCCCAAACUAGCGCGAGUGAGGAUACGCCCACCACCACCACUCCUUCUCUUGGCAUUGAGCAAACUUGUCAAGAGAAGGAGCAGUUGUCUUUUGCCACAGCAGGGCUAUCACAUAAGCCUUUUCAGCGCUCAGGGACCAACCUGGAGGCUCUCUCGAUGCUUCUGACGACGGACAAAGGUGGUGCCGUCGGCAAUACCCUUAUCGAGCCCCCCGCGUUAUCGAGCGCCAACGAGUCGGUACGUUGUGCCUUCUUACAGGUCCCGUUGAAUGUCUUGGUUGCAAUACCUUUGUAUGUCGACCAACUCACGCAACCGACUCAUCUCGGCGCAUGUUCAUGCCACACACAGCUGACUCGGCUAUAA